AAAAUGUGCAGUAUAUUGAUGAUAUUUUAUUUAUACGCCUACUUCUUGCUUAUUCAAACAUCUACACAAAAUGAUAUUUUUGAAAAACAGCUUAAGAUAAUCAACCGAGAGAUGGCUAGAACCAAAAAGUUUAAACACUACAGUGAAUGGUUAACAUUUAAAUUGAAAAUGCCCAUUGAAGAUAACUCUCUCGUCGUAAAAGAAUUGGAUUCAUGUCUUCAUAAAGAAAAAGAGCGUUUCGCAGAUCUCAACGAUUUAUAUCAGACAAUAUUAAGAUUAGUACAAGCCAUCAAAGACUAUAAUUACCAACUUGUUGAACGCGCUGUCAUAUCUAGGAUUCUGUCUGAGAUUUUAUACUAUUAAACAAUUGAACACACACAUCUGGAAAUAAGAAUAAAAAAGUGAACUUCAACUUAUUAUUUGAUUAUGAAAAAUUACUUGAUUUCAUUUUAAAA